GUAUUCAUUAUUGCAUUUAAGAGAGUGUGUAUAUGUUACAGGUUUGUGACGUCUCAGAGGGACCCCCUCAAGGACCCAGUCGUGCUGUGGCUGAACGGAGGGCCAGGCUGCAGCUCUUUGGAUGGGUUUCUGUCAGAGAAUGGCCCCUUUCAUGUUAAUGAUAAUGGAGCCACACUUUAUGAGAACGAAUUCAGCUGGAAUAAAAUCGCCAAUGUUCUUUAUCUUGAGUCGCCUGCUGGAGUGGGUUAUUCCUACUCCGAUGACCAAAAAUAUCAAACCGAUGAUGAUGAGGUGGCAAAUAACAACUACCUGGCUUUGCAAAGCUUUUUCAUCAAAUUCCCAAAUUUCACCCAGAAUGAGUUUUUCAUUUUUGGUGAGAGUUAUGGAGGCAUCUACGCACCCACACUCAGUCUGAGAGUUGCCACUGGAGGUCAGCUUAAAGUGAACUUUAAGGGCUUUGCUGUGGGAAAUGGCAUUAGUAGCUUUGCACUAAAUGACCAAUCGCUAAUCUACUUUGGCAACUAUCAUGGCCUGUUUGGAGAACAGCUGUGGAAGGAUCUGAAUGACAACUGCUGUCAAAAUGGAGUCUGUAAUUUCUACAACAAUUCUAAAGAGUCCUGCUCUGUUGUGGUAUCGCAUGCGUUUAAUAUAGUCUAUAACUCUGGGUUGAAUACAUACGCGCUGUAUCUUGACUGUGCUGGUGGUGUCACAUCUCAGAGAGCCAUGAUGCAUCUGUUCAGAAACUUCAGGAAGCAUUGGGAAGCUAAUAAGUUAGUAGGAAGUACUCCAAAUGUUCAGGGAGUGCCUCCAUGCAUCAAUAGUACCGCUCAGAUAAACUGGCUUAAUCGAGGUGAUGUGAGGAAGGCGCUGCACAUUCCUGAUGUACUACCACCAUGGGACAUCUGCAGUGAUGUUGUGGGAAGCCAGUAUCACACCAUUUACGAAACUAUGAAGGAUGUCUAUGAGAAGCUGCUGGCUUUGGGUCUGAGAGCUUUGGUCUAUAAUGGAGAUACCGAUAUGGCUUGUAAUUUCCUUGGGGACCAGUGGUUUGUUGAGCAGCUUGGACAGAAGGCAAGCACUCAAUACCAACCCUGGAUUUAUGAUAACCAGAUUGCUGGAUUCUACCAGCAAUUUGGCAACAUCACUUUCCUCACAGUCAAGGGUGCAGGUCACAUGGUUCCUCAGUGGGCUCCUGGUCCAUCUCUCCAGAUGCUACAGAGUUUCCUGUCCAAUAAGCCUUAUUGAACUUCCUCCAGACCGUGUCCUGUCUUAAAGCACUAGAUCUGAUUUUUAGAAGUGGUCUUGAAUGGACUUCAAGAAAGUGUGAUUUUAAGGAAACUGUUGAAAU